UCAAUUUCCCAUUUUUAGCACGUAAAUAAGAUCCGGUGGAUAUUAGACUGUACCCAAUAAAUGAAAUUAAAAGUUCAACAAUUAGACAAGCGCAGGAACCAGCUUUUACUAAUCAAAUCGCUGCUUUUUCAUUGGUAAACUUUGAAAAUUAAAAUCGAAGAAUGGUAAUUUCAGUUUGAAAAUUUUUACAUCUUUCAGUUGCCCUUUCAACUAAUAGCUUCAAGUUGACAAACAUUUGUGCUGCUUGUUUUGGACAGUCAAUUUUAAUAACCUUCGUGAAAACGAAAAGAAACGCUUCGAUUCCGUGACUGCGAUUCCAAUCAAUCUUUUUAAUGGAAGAAUCAAAUUUGACUUCGGAUUCAAGGACACCAACUCCUUUCAAAGAAUCAGGAUCAAGUAUUUCAGAAUGCGACGACUCGCUGGACCUUGUAUUUCUGCUGCUAAAUGGAAUGAUAUCCGUUUUCAUAUUACUGGGCAAUGGGUUAGCCUGUUUUAUCUUCCUGAAAAACAAACAUUUCAGGCGUUGUUUUAUGAACACGUUCCUUGUUAGCCUGGGGCUUGCCGACAUUUUCAUGGCUUUGUUAAUAAUGCCAGGUCACGUGAUCUUUUGCACAAGUUCCUGCAGCCAUUCCGUAAGUGAACACUGUUGGUUAAUUAGUUCAACAAAAUAUCUUGUGUUUCCGGCGACAAAACUCAAUCUGCUCGCCAUUUCAUAUGACAGGUACAUCGCGGUGAUGCAACCUCUGCAGUACAAAGCGAAAAUUAGCUUCAAAAGAGUCUUAAUAAUUAUCACAACUGUGUGGACAAUUCCCGUGAUUUUAACUCUGAGCCGUUUAGCAUGGUGGAUCAAACUGCCGAGAGCUGAAGCCUUGAUCACGGAUCGCGUUUUCAACUCUUGCCUUAUUUUCCUUUUGGUGGUUCUGCCAGUUUCUAUUUUAACAGUUGUUAACUUGAGAAUUAUCUUGGAGAUUAGGAAGCAUCGCAGUCGGCCUCGUCCUGCUAACGAAGAGAGCGUGACUGAAACUCAAUUAAAUUGUACCAUUGAAAACGAUGAUCAGCGAAUACGCCAGGCCGCCAGAAAGGGCACCAUUGCUUGUGUUUUAGUUGUCCUGAUUUUCGUGUUAUGUUGGUUACCAAGGGCUUACUAUAAUGUCGCCAGGCUCUUGGGUAAAGGAGAAGGCCCACUGUUAAACAAGCUGAGCUUGUUUUUCUUGUUUGUUCAAUCGGCAGUAAACCCGUUUGUGUAUACUUUUUACAGAGUUGAUUUCAGAAGGGCUGCCGUAAGACUUGUAAAGUGUGGUUAGCCCAGAUUCUAUAGUCUGGUUCAGGAUGUAAAAAAGUAAACAAAACAAAACGGCCAGAAUAAUAAGAAACAGAACCUAAAAAAGUUUAUGACCUUUACUGAAGAGGGGCUUUUCGUACAGAACUUUACAUAACUUUAGUUAAG